UUUGAAAGUUUAUGUUUUAAAGUUUUAAAAAUCAAAAUAAAUGAGUGCAAUUUUUUUUUAAAAAAAAUUGAAUUCAUACUAAUCUGAACAAAAAAAGAGAUAGAUACGAAGAGAAACUUAGACCGAGUGGAGUAGUCGAUUGUAACCUAAAUUCAAGGAAUUUUAGCUGAUUUAUUUCCUUAAAUCUCUUAUGAAAUAUUAUAUAAAUUGUCAUCACUGGAGGUUUUUGAAAUAUACAUCAUCAAAAAAAAUUGGAGUGAAACUCAGAAUUUGGUGACAAUGAAGAUCUAUAAUCUGAAGAUUUUCACAUUGACAUUGAUUUUGUUGAUUUUGUUGGGAUUGAAUUCAGUAGUUUUAGGUCAGAAAAAAAAGACUCUUAAAGAAUCGAUAUCUGAACAGCCACUUUCGCAAAUUGAAGUGGAAAAGACAAUUGUUGCGCUCUCUGAUACUGCUUACAUUACUGCUCACCCAACUGUUCUUGGCUUGAAGGGCGAGGAUACUGAAUUGGUUAAUGUGGCUAUUGAUUACUCAGACCCAUCACCCAAUGAUUGGGUUGGUGUCUUUUCGCCUGCAAAGUUCAACCCAGCAAAUUGUCAAUGGCAUACCAAGGAAGAACAACCAUAUCUAUGUUCGGCCCCCAUCAAGUACAAAUAUGCAACUGCUGCCUCCUCUGGUUAUACAAAGACAGGCAAAACUAUUAUACAUUUCCAGUUGAUCAAUCAGCGGUCUGACUUCUCCUUUGCAUUAUUUUCAGGCGGGUUGUCAAAUCCAAAAUUGGUGGCAAUUUCAAAUCCUAUAACAUUUGCAAAUCCUAAAGCACCCCUUUAUCCAAGGAUUGCCCAGGGGAAGUCUUGGGAUGUAAUGACUGUAACCUGGACAAGUGGCUAUAACAUAGACGAAGCCGUCCCUUUGGUCGAGUGGGGUUUCAAGGGAGGUAAUCAGAUACGAUCCCCGGCAGGCACAUUGAGAAUUCAUCAGAGCAGCAUGUGUGGUGGACCUGCACGGACAGUUGGCUGGCGUGAUAUGGGUUUCAUUCACACCAGUUACUUGAAGGACUUGUGGCCAAACACCAUGUAUACUUACAAGAUGGGUCAUCAAUUAGCCAAUGGUUCAAUUGAUUGGAGCAAGAUGUAUUCAUUCAAAUCAUCCCCAUUUAUAGGCCAGGACUCAUUACAGCGAGUUAUAAUAUUUGGUGACAUGGGGAAGGGUGAACGUGAUGGAUCAAACGAGUACAGUAAUUAUCAACCGGGUUCACUAAAUACUACCGAUCAACUCAUCAAGGACCUGAAUAACUAUGAUAUGGUCCUCCAUAUAGGAGAUAUAGUGUAUUCAAAUGGAUACACCUCACAGUGGGACCAAUUCACAUCACAGAUAGAACCUAUUGCAUCAACAAAACCAUAUAUGAUUGCUAGUGGUAAUCAUGAGCGUGAUUGGCCUGGUACAGGAUCCUUUUAUGACACUAUGGACUCAGGCGGGGAAUGUGGCGUGCUAGCUGAGACCAUGUUCUAUGUUCCUGCAGAGAAUAGAGCUAAGUUUUGGUACUCAACAGAUUAUGGCAUGUUUCACUUCUGCAUAGCAGAUAGUGAGCAUGACUGGAGGGAGGGUACUGAACAGUACAAGUUCAUUGAGCAUUGCCUUGCAUCAGCUGACAGGAAAAAACAACCGUGGUUGAUCUUUAUUGCUCAUCGUGUUCUUGGGUAUUCUUCUGACAAAUUUUAUGGCUUGGAGGGCUCAUUUGAAGAGCCCAUGGGAAGAGAAAGCUUGCAGAAGCUCUGGCAGAAGUACAAGGUGGACAUGGCAUUCUAUGGUCAUGUCCACAACUAUGAAAGAAGUUGCCCAGUUUACCAGAGCCGAUGUGUGACCUCAGACACGUCUCAUUUCUCUGGUCCCGUGCAAGGGACAAUCCAUGUCGUUGUGGGCGGGGGAGGAAGCCAUUUGUCGCAGUUCAGCGAGCUUAAUACUCAUUGGAGUCUGUACAAAGAUUAUGAUUGGGGGUUUGUGAAGCUGACUGCAUUUAAUCACUCAGCUCUUCUCUUUGAGUACAAGAAAAGCCGCGACGGAAAGGUCUAUGAUUCCUUCACCAUCUCAAGGGAUUACAAAGAUGUCCUUGCUUGUGUGCAUGAUAGUUGUCCACAUGUCACUUUAGCAACUUGAACUCCUUAUUCAGACAUUCUUUUUAGAAGCGGCAACCAUUUGGUGAUUUUGUGUGCGUAACUGGCUUCAUUUUAUCAUAGUCGAGCUUUAGGCUAUUUGUCAGGCAAUAGAAGUUUAAUAAAAAUCAUGGUUUUUUUUUUUGAACGAUACAUAACUAAAUAAUAGGUGCAAUUUUUUUUC